GUGGACGCAUGCCAGUAUCUGGGAGGUGAGGAUGCCGAAGACUUGACAGGACAUUCUGUGAUGCAAGAGGGGCUCACCGGUGACUUGUCUUUUAUCCCAAGACAGACACAACUAUCAGGUUACAGCUUUGAGAGUAGCGAGGGGAUUGGCUGGUCCAGCGAUGACACCAGAGGUUGGGGGCCACCAGUUGAGAGGUGGUCAUCAGUGGACAGCUGGGCAAGUGCACUGUCCGACUGGACUGGGAUCAUCACGGCUCCACCGGAGGACUUCACAGCUGCCUUCACAGAGAUCGGGGCUGAAAUAGAUGCUCUGACACAGGCACUAGCAGAGGUAAAUACUCGUAUAGAACCAGAGACGUCUAAAGAGAUAAAGGGUCGAGAGCCAACAGUGCAGGCACAACCGCAGCCACCCAUGGGUGUCCAGGAUCGGCCUCUAGAGACGCAAAACAUCCCAGAGGGCUCCGUCCUCUCUGGGCAGAGCUGCCUCACUUUGUGCCUUGAAGCUGCAGGACAUGAGCUCAGAGACACAGAGGGCUCCCAGAGCGUCGAAUCCUUGAGCGGCCAGGCUGAGUGCUCUCCAUGCCUCACACACCAGCACUCAUCCACGGGGUCAUCCGGUGCUACGGUGGCCCCGUCCUGGAGUGUGGAUGUGAUCUCUGGGUGUGCAUCCUCUGCUGAGCUUGACCUUUCUCUCUUUGGUGGAUUUGACGAGUCAAACGUUUCCAUCAGCACUGAGGAAGAUACAAUCAUACUGAAGAUAACAGAGGAUACAGAUUUGGAGGGACAAAAUACACCUGGAGGGCUGAUAAUCGAGAAGCCCUUUGGAGAUGAAGUGUGUGAAGUGACAGGUGAACACAGUGUCCAUCAGCCGAGCUCUGUUGCCGAGCAGGAAGCCAAAAGGAGCACGAGGCCAGCCGAGGUCGAUUGUAAAGGAACCGAACCAUCAACAGAUCUUAAUUUCUUCAUCGCACAUGCUGUGACAAGCUCACACGUGCCAGGUGUGCCCACACAACCUGUCCCGAACUUCAAUGUCCACACACACGUGUCGUCUGACACUUUACCAGAUCUUGACGGAGCAUGUCAGGUGGAGCCACAGUGGGAGAGUCCCAAGUUUAUUAUGCCCUUAGCUCCUCUCAGUAUCGGCUCCUCCCUAGUCUGUCGGACAAGCUGCAGUUUGGAAGGAGAGCAAACUUGUGCCAAAAGGCCUCUCAAUGACAACAGUUGUGAUCACACACAACCCUGCGCUCUCUCGCCAACUUCGGAUGGGAUUACUGAGGAAACAUCUUUGGAAGGUGAUGAGGUGAUUCAUAAAAAGGAAAAUACAAUAGACUCUGCUGAGAAAUCUUCACCAGAGAAACAAACGGGCUUGGUUACUGCAAGAAAAACAAUACUCGAGGAGAUUCAUGACCUCAGUAGAGAACUAUCAAACUUGGCUGAUUUCCCUGCAGAUCAUUUCGUCGUCUCAGAGGAGAGCCGUGUGGCGGUCAUCACAUUAGAAUUAAAUGACCCAUUUGUUUCCAGGGUUGCAAAACCCAUCUCCAUAGCCAUACAGCCUGAGUUGAAUCAGAAAACAGCUGAAAAUAUGCCACACAAAACCCACAAGUCCAGCUCAGAGAGCAAGGCACGCUCCAAAAAGGACAAAUCAACUGGUCAUCACUAUGGUGCACAAGUUUCCAAGAAACAGGAGAAUCUAUCUCCCCAUGUCUCGGCCCAGCAGGUCUGCAAACAGCAAGAAACUCAUCCUCUUAUCGAGGAAAUUCACACCAGUGAGAACACUCCAGUUGCAUUUGAGGACAAGGAGGCUAAACUGGUAAUUGAGACCAGCGCAGCAACUGAGAAGGCUCCAAACAAGCCACACGGCAAGAAGAAAAAGAAGCAUGCUCCGAAUGCAACAGCGGUGAAAAGUGUAGCUGAGCCACUGGUUGAAGUAGAAAAUGGAGCAAAACCAAAGACUGCAAAAGGAAGGAUUGAUAUGUUUGAGGCCAAGCUGGGCAUUAAAGCUGGGAAAGCUCAGAAGGACAGUAUUAAGUCAGAUGAUAAAAAGUCCCAGCAACCAGAGAAUAAAUCUUUGCAGGGAGAACAACUCUUGCAUUCAGAUCAUAAAGACCAACAGCCAAAAAAGUUCACCAGUCCUCUAAAAGAUGAUAUCAUCAAAAGACGUCGCCUAUCAGAGGAUAAGUUUGGAAAGAUUGUCAGUGCUUUGGAGUCUAAAUUACCAAAGCCAGAUGUUUCUAUCCAGGCAAAGGGAGAGGAGCCCAAGGCAGAUACAGGGGCAACACGUAAGAAGCCAUACAGUGAAGUGGUCAAACAGACAAUCCCACCCAAGGAAGAGCCCAAGGUGGUAAAACCUAUCCAGGCAGUGUCAGUGAGCGGGGACCCCCAGAGUCUGUGCCUGUGGUGUCAGUUCGCGGCUGUCUUCUCCAACCACACAGUCACCUGGCGCAGAGAUGGCGCUGUCCUGUCUGAGAUCAAGAGAAGCGCAGGGGACGAGAGCAGAGUGUCACUGACCAUCUCCAACGCUUCCCACAAAGACUUGGGCAAGUACCAGUGUCAGCUCACCAGUCUGAAUGGAUCAGUCACCCUGGACUAUGUGCUCACAUAUGAAGUGCUCAGUGAGAUUGUCAUCCCUCCAACUCCGAAAACUGUCAUAUCUGCCCCCGUGGAGAUGGAGAGUGAGGAGGAGGAUGUCCACUGCUCCAGACUGAUUUUCAAAGAGGAUUUCUUAACAGACCAAUGCUUUGGAGAGAACCAACCUGUCAGCAUCGUCACUGAAAAGGUUCACUUCGGGGAGGGGAUGCACCGGCGGGCUUUUCGGACCAAGAUGCAGGCGGGUCAGAUCCCUCUGUUACUGCCUGGAUACCCCUGUGUGCUCAAAGUACACAAUUCUAUCAGCUACGGGACCAAGAACAACGAUGAGCUUGUUCAGAAGAACUUUACCUUGGCUGUAGAGGAGUGCCAGGUCCAGAACACAGCGAGAGAGUACAUCAAGGCGUACACCACUGCAGCUCAGGCUGUUGAAUCCUUCGGAGAGAUCCCAGAGAUCAUUCCCAUCUACCUGGUUCACCGUCCAUCCAAUGACAUCCCAUACGCCACCCUGGAGGAGGAGCUGAUCGGCGACUUUGUCAAGUAUUCAGUCAAGGACGGCAAAGAGAUCAACCUGAUGAGACGGGACUCGGAGGCAGGGCAGAAAUGUUGUGCUUUCCAGCACUGGGUGUAUGAUAAGACUGAUGGCAACCUGCUGGUUACUGAUAUGCAAGGGGUGGGAAUGAGGCUCACUGAUGUGGGAAUAGCCACCUGUAAGAAAGGAUAUAAGGGCUUCAAAGGAAACUGUGCCACCUCCUUCAUUGACCAGUUCAAAGCUCUGCACCAGUGCAACAAAUACUGCGAGAUCCUGGGCCUCAAGUCCCUGCAGCCCAAACCUAAAAAGCCUGCAUCUGCUCCCAAACCCAAACCCCAACCCUCUGCUGCACCCAAGAAGAAAACAUUUGGGCCAACAAUGAAGGGCAAGUCAUAAUAGGAGGAGAAUCUUUGGACUAUGGGGAUUUCAUUUUUAUUGAACUGGUGAGGGUUUAGUUGAUUUGAUUUGCUUUGCUCACGUUGGACCUCGUCUUGCAGAGUUUGGUUUGUCAAAGAUGAAUCAGAAAGUUUUGGGCUGCAGGUGGAAGAUGACAGAGGAGACAGAUGGGUUUGACUCUGGAGGGAGCCACUGUUGAUGUAUAGGAGUUUUUGCUACAUCUCAUGUUGAACAUUUGAGAGAGAUAUAUUUAUUCUAAAGACCAGAGAUGGUCUCUGAAUGAAAGUGUGACACUUUAUUUCACGAGUUUUGGGUAAACUGUGACAAAUUUAACAGACACUUGAAAAUGAUGACGUUUGUCGACAGCGUUGAACUUUGAUGUCUUAGAGAGAUUGCUUUAUUGAUGAAGUUCGAUAGUUUUUCUUUACACAACAACACUUUUUUUGUUUGUUUUUUUUACUUCUGUGAUGUUUUCAAAUUUAUUAGUUCAUUAAAUUAAUGAACUUGUUAAUUAAUUGAUUAGAGGAAAUGUCUUUUAAAUAGGUUGUAUGAUGAACUACACACAGUAGAGGACAUGUAUUGUUUUGAGUUCAGUAUGAGUGGGUCAGUUUUGUGUGUUUGGUUUGCGAGGUGACACAGGUGUUUGAUGAACAUGUAUUCAUUUAGUGUCAUAUCAUUAUAAUGUUCAUAUAGGAAAAGGUACUGAUUCAGAAUGAGCUCACAUUUUAUUCUGGAAACAACAAAGUCAUUUUGUAAAGCUUGUGUAAAGUAUACUUUUGAAUGUAUUCACUGAAAAAAUGUGAAGAUUUAUUGAUUUGUCAUUUUAUUACCUGGUGCAAAUCUUCUUUUGAUUUUCUGGCAUCAUUUCAAGGAUCCAGUCUGCGGCCUAGCUCAAACUAAGUCACUGACAUGUGAAACUAAACCCGUUCAGAGCCUGUCUGCAUACAUAUGAUAUCGAUAACAUACCAGCUGUUCAAUGGCACACAGUCUCCAUAUAAUAAGCUCCUCUGUCCUACUCUCACUGUUGCUUUUUAAAUCCCUGACCCAAAUUGCUGACAUGGCUCUCAGGUUGAGGCUUUCGGCCAGCGUGUACGCACACAGUUGAUCUUUGUCAUUAAAGAGAUGUUGCUGGUUGGAGAGGCUUUCUGGUUUAUUUUUCAUUAAGUUAAAAGGAUAAAUCAAUAGUACAUAUUUUUCCUUUUACCUGUGGUGCUAUUUAUCAGUUUAGAUUGUUUUGUUGUGAGUUGCUGAGUGUUGGAGAUAUCAGCUGUAGAGAUGUCUGCCUUCUCUCCAAUAUAAUGGAACUAGAUUGCACUCAGUUUGUGGUGCUCAAAGCGCCAAAAAAUGUAUUUUAAAAACUCUGGUUGCUCAAGAUAAUCCACAGACCUUGUUGUGACCAGUUUCAUGUUGGAACUAACCUGCAAACUAUAUCAAUGCUGCAUCUACUGCUAGCUCACCUAGCACCACUGAGCUAGAUAUCAUUACAGCUCAGCCGAGGAGGACAUUAUUGUUUGCAUCUGUCACAAGCUUGAGCCUCUUGUCCAUGAGUAGAUGCACACUUCCUUCUGCGCGAUGAUAUAGUUGGCAGGUGUAGUUUGGUAGAAAGAAAAUAGUUCCUACACGAAACUGCUCACGACAAGGUCUGUGGAUUAUCUUGACAAAUCAAAGUUUUUUUAAUGUAAUUGUUGGCACUUUGAGCACCGCAAACCGAGUGCCAUCUAGUUCCAUUAUAUUUGAGAGAAGGCAGAAAUCUCUAUGGACGAUAUCUCCAAGACUCUGCAACUCAUACCAAAACAAUCUCAACUGAUAAACAGCACUACAGGUAUGAGGAAAAAUAUGUAUUUUUUUUUAUCUUGGGGUGAACUGUCCCUUUAAAUCAACACAUUUUCUGUACUGGGACCUCUGACCCACAGGUUUGAGGGAUUAAGGGUAUUGCAUCAUGAUUGACAUUGAUGUGCAAAUAUCUGCUUGUCUUUGUACACGGGGCUGGGUUUGAAGAUGUGUAUCAAAUGUGAACAGUUUGUCUAAUUUAGUUCAUAGGAAUGUGAGAAAAAUUCACUCUGUAGCAACAGACAAAAAACAAAGACUUUAUUUAUGUCAUUUGUAGGAUGAAGACAGUUGUACGGUCUUAAAAUGUAGUGCUACAAUUGUUUAGAUCAGAUUACCUGUUUACGUGUUGGGAAAAAGUUCGAAAGAUGUCAACACAAGAAAUGGCGACAGCAUGAAAAAACAAAUGGGCCGUCUAUUUUUAUGUUGUACUCACAGAGGAGAAGGUCUCCAGCAGCAAAUUAGCACCUCAACACAAAAGUAAGUGGGUCACACUCAGAAGCUCAAGAUCAUGUACCAUGUAUCAACACAGUGUAUCUAUUUUUAUCUCAGCUCCUCCUCAGUGGUGUCACAUAAACACAUUUCUAAGAUUUACAGAAUUAAUGAGGGAACUAUUACAAAUCUAUGGUGAGAAAAUUCAGAUACAGAAGCCACAAUACAAACAGAGGGAGACUGACUGAGGGACAUGUUGAGGCUCUUUUCACACUGUAGCUAUUUAGUGUGAUAAUGGCGUUUGAUACACAGGACACAAACACCAUUGUCACACUCCACAGCUCUGGAGGACAUUUACCGGAGAUAUUGCAGACGGAGGAAUUGUUAAUGCACACUGGUGGCUGGACGACCUGGUGAGAUAAAGGAAAAAGACGUUUGGUGACAUGAAGAGUAGUGGAGAGAGUGAAAGUGAGAACAUGAAACAAAGUAGAGAGAAACAGAGUAAGCUGUGAUUCAUAAUUAUACAUGUAGCACUUUAUAAUCUGAAAUUAAACAUGAAUGAAGAACUUAAAAAGCCACGGAAAAUGGUGACAGUGAUGCUGACUAAAUACACACAGCUUAUCCAAAGUGUCCAAAGUCCGUGUCCUUUUUUUUUUACUGAUUGUGGGGAUGGCUGCAGCUGUGUGCAUUUAAAGUGUGUGAGUGUCAGGGAGCAAGAAAGUAAAAGAACACCUGUGUGACCCCCAUGUCUUUCUAUAUAACAAACUUUUUUGCUAAUUUAUUUAGCACAUGUAGUUGUAAAUAGAGUUGGUUCUGACUGUAUGUCACACUAGAUUCAGUACAUCUUUAUUUCUUUUGCUUUUAACAAUAUAAUUGUUUUGUUUUUAAUUGUAUAAUUCUGCGCUGAAAAUGACACACAAAUGAUCAACUUUACCAAUAAAACUAUGAGAUGAAAACAUUAUUAAAGGAUUCUGACCUAUUUUAAGACA